AUGUACCGUAGAUACAGCGAACUCACAAUCUCCACAUCCCCAUCUCCAUCCACCACGCAACACACUGUGCGUUUCUCCACUCAGAUUAUAGACACCACCGUGACCAACGAAGCUUCACCCGCUGAGGAUUGGAUCAGGACCGUCCGUGCCGCGCAUUGGGGUGGUCGGAUCAUCGUCGGCCUCGACUGUGAAUGGAAGCCGCAAUACAGUAGGUGGGCUCACAACAAAGUGGCCACACUUCAACUGUGUGUGGGAAACAAAUGCCUCAUACUCCAGCUCUUCUACAUGGACUACAUACCUCAAUCUGUUAAAAAUUUUCUCAAUGGCAACGACGUAAUUUUGGUUGGUGUUGGGGUCGAUGGUGAUGUGACGAAGCUGAGGAAUGAUUAUGGGCUUGUUUGUGGCGAGUCCAUGGACCUGGACCAAUUGUGCAGGGACUAUUUGGGCUUAUUGGGCCAACAACGUUUGGGCCUCAAAGGAUAUGCUAGGGAAAUUUUGGGCCUUAAUAUGGAAAAGCCCAAGUGGGUGACAAUGAGUAAUUGGGAGGUGAGGACCUUACGUGAGGCCCAGGUUCAGUAUGCUUGCAUUGAUGCUUAUGUGUCUUAUAGGUUGGGGUGCAAAGUUUUAGGGAGAAAUUAA